AUGGCUACCAAAUUAUUAGCCUUCACGUUAACAUCUCCACGUCCAUUCACUGCCUCUCCAACAUUCUCUUCCUUAUCAUCAUCCACUUCUGCUUCUACACUCCAUCAUCCUAUUCGCCACUCUUGCCUUCGCCGCCGCCUAUUCGACUUUUCCCCCAAAGCCGCUUCCGAUCAACAGGAAGACGCUGUUGUUGAUAGUAAAAUCUUACAAUACUGCAGCAUAGACCAAAAAGAAAAGAAAUCAAUCGGUGAACUUGAACAAGAAUUUCUUCAAGCACUUCAAGCAUUCUACUAUGAGGGAAAGGCUAUUAUGUCGAACGAAGAAUUCGAUAAUCUCAAAGAAGAACUCAUGUGGGAAGGAAGCAGCGUUGUAAUGCUAAGUUCUUCUGAGCAGAAAUUUCUGGAAGCAUCUAUUGCUUAUGUGACUGGAAAACCAAUCUUGACUGAUAAAGAGUUUGAUGAAUUAAAACUCAAGCUAAAGAUGGAAGGGAGUGAAAUUGUGGCUGAAGGUCCCCGGUGCAGUCUUCGUAGUAGAAAGGUUUAUAGUGACCUUACUGUGGACUAUUUCAAGGCAUUGUUACUGAAAGUUCCAGCAACUGUGGUUGCAUUAGGAUUGUUCUUCUUUCUUGAUGAUGUAACUGGAUUUGAGAUCAAUUAUCUGAUAGCGAUUCCAGAACCUUUCAGUUUCAUUUUGACUUGGUUUGCUGCAGUUCCUUUCAUUCUGUGGUUAGCACAGUCAAUUACAAAUGCAAUCAUAAAAGAUUUCUUGAUUUUAAAGGGUCCAUGUCCUAAUUGUGGUACUGAAAACACGUCAUUCUUUGGGACAAUAUUGUCAAUUUCAAGUGGUGAUUCUACCAACAAAGUCAAAUGUGAGAAUUGUGCAACUGUGAUGGUAUAUGAUUCAACUACAAGAUUGAUAACAUUGCCAGAAGGAAGCUAG